AUGGACAGGGCGCUAACGCACCUGCUCCGGGUAAUGCAUAUUCUCAUCCGAAUACCAGCAAUAUGCAGUACAAUCCUCAAGGAACUGCCUAUCCAGGUCAGUUGGUAUUUGAUACAAGCUGGAAUGUUGCUGAUAAAUCCUUUACUGUUGAACUCUAACUCAUCCAUUAUGUCAAAAGCCACAAAUGGCGACUAUGGCACCCCUGUAGCACAUCCUACUCAACUUGCCCCAUCUUUCAACCAGACUCAGGGUGUUCCGGCCCCAAGAGGAGGUAGAUCGCGGCCCCUCCCUGCCGUUCCAGGUGGCGCUCCGAACAGACCUCAAGUUCAAGUACCAGUACCUCCCUCCAGUCAGUAUGGAAGUGACUAUAAAGCCCCUCUUCCUGGCAUGUCACAGUCGUCUCAUGGGGAUGAUCAGUAUUCUACCCCGGCGCCACCUUCACAUAUCCCUCUGAAGCAACCUCCUGUCGAUGCCGAGUACCCACGCACCCAUUUGACUCAGGAUUCCUACUCUAGCCAGCCAAGACAUCGAACACAAGAUUCCGGAUUCACGGACAGUAACUCGAGCCACCUAUCCUCCUACCACCAGUUCGACAGCCCAUAUUCAGUGGGGGGCAAUUACGAUAAUCAGCAUAAUCCAUACCCUAAUGGCCCGCCAAGCCAUCAGCACGCUGAUCCCAGCGCUUAUCAUCAGAACAAUCCGACUAAACUGGCCCUGAGUCACCCAGACAUCAUGAAUGACUUUACGCAAUCAAUGGAUGACCACAGAGGAGGAACGAUGUCAACUAACCUGACGGGCUCCUCUUCGUACUCGGGCGAGGCUCUGUUGUCUGGGCUUGGCGGUGAUCCUAAAAUUGAACAAUACAGGCCCCAUGGCCAAGGAUCGUUCUUGCCUGCUGAAUCGCCCUCUUCUGCUCAUCAAAUUCAUUCCUCUCCGAUCAAUGCACAAACCAGUGAAGAUGUUGGCACAGAAUUGGGUAGUCAUCUCUUGAGAUCCACUUCCACCGCAUCUUCCUUCAACUCGCUGUUACAAGAGCCCAGACGCUCGCCGACCUUUGAGGACGGUUUGCUCACACCAACACUUUCACGAGCCGAUUUAUCUCUAGAGGCUUCCGUCCCUCCAUCUCAAACGUCUCAUUCAUACGCUUCAAAAUCGUACCUAUUUGAUAGGGAUACGUAUUCUUCGAAUCUCAGCUAUGGUACUCCUGCCAUCAUAACCACCUCUGCGGACGUAGCGCCGAGCUCCAGCCGCCGCCGUCAUCAGCAAGAAUACCAAAGAAUGGCUUCGAUGAAGGAUCGUAUACCCAGAGGUACACACGUCAAAGGGAGUAUCCCAUAUCCAAGGGCGUUCACCGGCAAAGACAUUGUGUCGACAAUACAAACACUGAUCCAAAAAGAAUUCCAAACCAAUAUGGGGUUCGUGAUAACGGACAGAAGAGCGGCCCUUCAAGUAGCCAGGAGCUUACAAGGGCAAUUGUUCUUCUAUGAAGUCGAAUGGGGAGGUAGACUACUUCAAGACGGACUUGAAGAUGUCUACAUGUUUUUGGAUGAUAACCCUGCUAGUGAAAGCUCAAAUGCAGAAUAUAGACACGAUCGAGUGGAAAGAGAAGAACUCCCAACUGGUGCAACGAUGCUUGAGGGCAUGUUUACUGGACACACGGCCGUCCCCGAACCUGUGCCGGAUUGCGGUAUAGACUCCAUGGGGAGAGAUGGUCGACAAGCAAACACUCAACUCUUUGCCGGAAGCAGAGAUUCGUCGGCAAACGAGCAGCAAUAUGUCCAAGACUUGGAUUUGAUUGAAACGAUUUUCAUCAAGGAGUUGCGACGAGCAACCCCCCCAAUAAUUGCUCCAGAAAACCUGGAAGACUUUAUCUCAGAGGUUUUCGGUAACUUCUUCGAGCUCCGUCAAUGCAACAGACGUAUUCUAGACGUCAUGCUUGUGCGACAGCGCGAACAAGGUCCCAUCAUCCAGAGGAUAGGCGAUAUUUUCCUAGGAGCAGCUGCAGAGUUCCGCUCCGUCUAUCCAUUAUAUGUGGGAAACCUACCUGUUGCCGAAAAGAGAAUCAAGGAGGAAGCAGAAACCAACCCCACAUUCAGGAGGUUUUUAGAGCAAAGCUCCAGGCAGGAUACCCGUGGACUUGACAUGAAGCAUUUUAUUUAUCGGCCCUCGGAACAUUUGCAAAAGUAUCCCGUCCUGCUGGAGGCUAUCUUCAAAGAAACCGCAGAGGGUAACCCGGAUGCAGACUUUUUGGUCGAAGCCGAGCAGGCGAUCC